ACAGCCCUUCACCUCAAACUCACUCAUUCUUCAAUAUCUCUGUCUCCACCAAUACAUUCACAUCAAAUUUCAUAUACAUCGAUCCGAGGUAGCAUUUCCAUCAGCCAUGUCUAAGGGAGAAGGAAAGCGGAACAACAAGAAAUGCUUAGCCUACGUUGCAGCAUUCGUCGUUUUUCAGACUGCGAUCAUUCUGGUGUUUGCUCUCACAGUGAUGAAAGUCAGAAGCCCUAAGGUCAGGUUCAACGCCAUGGCAGUGGAGAGCUUCAGCUCCGACAACAACAACAACUCCACUUCCAUCAACAUGAGGCUGCUGGCCCAAGUCACCAUAAAGAACACCAACUUCGGACAUUUCAAGUACCAGAACAGCACGCUUUCCAUCUUGUACAACGGCGUACAAGUUGGAGAAAUGGUCGUUCCGCGGGGGCGUGCCAGCGCUAGAAAAACCAAGAAGUUUAAUAUCUCGGUGGAUGUAAGCUCGGAGGGGCUGUCGGGAAAUGACAUAAACUCUGGAGUUUUGAGGCUGAGCAGCAGAGGGAAGGUCAGCGGGAAGGUGCACCUAAUGAAGGUUAUAAAGAGGAAUAAGUCUGGAGAAAUGAAGUGUGAUUGGAGUAUCAAUUUGGGCACUCGACAGGUGGAGGAUUUGAAGUGCAAUUAGUGAUCAUCAUACGUAUUGCUUGAUUUUGAUUUUGGAUGUAUUGGUUUCAAUAUUGUUCGUAUUAUUUGUUGAUUCGUUUUAUAUAUUGGUUGUGAAAUCAGAUCAGUACUGUAUAUAAUUAGAUAUUGAUAGCUA